CGCUCGGCCGAUCGCUCACGACCGCGCGACCGCGCCUGUCCCACUGGGAGUACGCCGCCUGGCCUGGCCUGGCCGACUACCGCGCCGCGCCGCGAACGUAUCACAACAAACUCUCGACUUGUCCGUGUCUGUGAUGUUUAGUGAAAUGAGUUACGCUGAUAUAUUUAACGCCGUGAAAAGUGCUCAUCCAAACGAGACGUCAAAAGAAGAUUUCACUUCAAAUGAACUGUGGAGGGAGCUAAAGUCAACGCACGAAGGUGAAGCUUCUAAUGCUGUGCAAGAGAAGAUUAGUAGUUUCAAGCUGGAAAGUACUCGGCGCAAAGCCGGCCUGCUACAUAACCGGACUACACUCCCGAUGCGGCCCCUGGAGCGGAGUGCGCCCGGGUAGCCCGGGUCGUCGCCGAGAAGCCGCACUAGUCCGUGGGCGAGCCCAGCCCCAGCGGCCCCGCCAUGGUGCCGCUGCUGGUCGCUGUGCUGGCGUGCCUCGUUUCCGGGGUGCGCGCCUUGGAGCCCGAGUUCCAGAUGCCGCUCAAGAACCAGUCCAUCGCGCAGGGCCGGGACGCCAUCUUCACCUGCGUCGUCAACAACCUGGGCGGUCACCGGCAGAAGUCACCUUCUUCAGCUCAGGUGGCUUGGAUCAAGUCGGACACCAAAGCCAUUCUGGCCAUCCAUCAGCACGUCAUCACCAACAACGCCAGGCUGUCCGUCAAGCACAACGACGUCAACACCUGGACACUCACCAUCAAGAAUGUACAGCGUGAAGACCAGGGGACCUACAUGUGCCAAGUCAACACGGAUCCGAUGAAGAGCCAGACGGCUUUCCUGGAGGUGGUGAUCCCCCCGGACAUCAUCUACGAGGAGACCUCCGGCGACACCAUGUCACCCGAGGGCGGCAACCUGAAGCUGCGGUGCCGGGCGCGGGGCUACCCACCGCCCCGCAUCGUCUGGAAGCGCGAGGACGGCGCCGACAUCGUGGUGCGGAACGAUUCCACGGGCACCAAGUCGAGAAGACCAUCGGUGGUCGGGGAGGACUUGGUGCUGCACAAGGUGACGCGGUCCGAGAUGGGCGUGUACGUCUGCAUCGCCUCCAACGGCGUACCCCCGCCCGUCAGCAAGCGCCUGAUGCUCUUCGUCAACUUCCAUCCGCUGAUCCAGGUGCCCAACCAGCUGGUGGGUGCGCCCGCUGGAACUGAUGUGACCAUCCAGUGCAUCGUGGAGGCCUGCCCCAAGGCCAUCAACUACUGGACCAGAGAGAAGGGGGAGAUGAUCAUCAACAACGACAAGUACCAGAUGGACGAGAGCCCCCUGUCGGCGUACGGCGUCCUGAUGAAGCUCACGGUGCGCCGCUUCCGCAAGAGUGACCUGGGCGCCUACAAGUGCAUCUCCAAGAACUCGAUCGGCGACGCAGAGGGCAUCGUCCGUCUCUACGAGCUGACGCUGCCGAGGCGCAAGUCGCUCGAGCUGGACGCAGACCAACAGCUGUCUGACGCGCACCUCCAGGACACGCUGCCGGAGGACGGCGCCGAGGAGGCGGCUGAGGGCGCUGAGAGCGCGGCGGAGGACGGCGCGGGGGCGGCCGGAGCGGCGGGGGCGGCGGGGGCGGCGGCAGCCGCGGCGGGGACCUCUCGCGCGUCCCUGCUGCCCCCCGUGGUGGCCCUGGCGGUCCUGGUGGCCCUGGCAGCCCUGCGGCACGCGUAACCACACCAGAGGCAGAGGCUCGGGAAGAGUGCGCCCAAAGACUCGACAGAAAGGAAAAAAGGGCCCCGCCUUUCAACUCCUCGAACGUGUGAUGUUUUUGUUGUUAUUGUGCUUUGCGGUGUUUCCGCGAGUAUACGCCUCUCUGCUAGAGCAGAGACGACUGAUGUGUGCGACCUGGACGUUUUGCCACGUGUAGAGGCCAGCGCGGACUAGAUCGAACUCUCUCUCUCGAGUGACGGCUCUGACGCCCCGGAGAGCUCGGAACUGGCCCGAUACAUCCCUGUCGAUACUUCUCUGACGGAAGGUCUGUCGUGCCUGACGGCUGCACGCUCACCUUUUGGCCGCGGUUUUCCGCUUCAAGGUCAGGGGGGUCGGUACUUUUGUUCACAGCCGUUCUCUAAAUGGCAUUUCAAAUCCAUCUGCUCCGUUGAUUGCUUGCUGACGGCGAGUCAGGGGCAUUUUGAAGCCCAAUCGAAAUGAGGAGUCAACACUGUAAAAAGCUUACGAACUAAAUACUUUGCAACGUUACGAACAAUUUUCGUUCUUUGUAUUGCAAAGAAAUUGUUCGUAUUGCAAAUUGAUUGUUUGUAAGGCUAGACGGGUCUUACGAACAAUCGGUUUGCAUAACGAACUAUUUGUUCGUAUGCUUACGAACAAUUAGUUCGUAAUACAACGCUUCAAAAUCCUUCGUAAGCUACGAACGUUUUGGUUUGCAUUACGAACCCAUAGUUCGUAAGCAAUUUACAGUGAAGGGGUUAUUAUUAGUUUGGCAAGCCGCAGGGCACAGAGCCAGAACUCGGCAAACCUCAGAACCAUUAUGCUUUGUUUCGAUCGAAUAGUUUUUCAGCUUGGGUUUUAACAUCGCCGCGUUCUAUGUACCAUUGUGUACUGUCCGUUGUGCAUGCGAAUGGAUGUUCGUUCGUGCUCGUCACAGCUUUGCCGGACCUCGUCCGACCGCGGAGUGGCAGAUCACUGGCGCCAACCGCCGCAGGGACAGCGCCGCGGGCAGAGCCGUGCCCAGGAGAACCAACCAUGUUUAUUUUAAUGAUGUUGCGAAUGCAAGUCGGGACUUUAUGGACCACAGCGUGUGCAACUCAGUCGCAGUUUACUACGCAAAUAUAAAUGUUCAAAUCCUCAUUUGCUCACAGAGACGUGCCCUAAUGUAAUGUAAUAGGAACUAAAAGAAGUAUGCGUGUUAAGUUUUUGCACCUACGAAAUGUGCAGUGUAAGAGGGCAAUUCCAGGAAAAAUAAAAAGUAAAAUAAUGCGUGCGGAACGCGAUUUGUGAGCGAACAAGAGGCGUUUCUUCGUUUUGCAAGACAUGUCUACACUCUUCACUCGCUACAUCAAGACGAAUAGUUACGUUUGGUACAAAUGAACCGUAGCCUCUCUGUCAGUCGCACACAAAUCGCAUUACUUACGGACACCACUGCCUGGAGUUACCCUUGAACAUUUCAGAGGUAUAGAGAUCAUACAUAAACUGAGUAAUAAAAUUGAUUAUAUGACCUGAACCUACAAAGGCAUUUGUGAACACAGAGGCCAUCGCCCGGACGUUGUGCUGCUGUGGUCCAGAAAAAGGUGCCAACACACAAAGAUGUAUUUCGAUUCAUUUGCAACGGCAACGAGGUGAACGUUCGAAAAGUGCUGAAUGAUAUCUGUCAUGAAUAAAUUACUAAUAUUACAAAAGAUUUGUUUGGGUUUUCUUUGUGUUUUGUUUAGGGGUGUGGUUUUGAAUGACGUGCUUUAUGUAUGGUAUAGCUUUUCGGUUCAAUGUUAAAUGGAUGUUAAUCUUGUUUACUGCAACACCUUUUUUCUCAGGGCCACAUAAUGUUAAAAUUGUUUAAAUAUUUGUAGAUAUUCUCUUUACGGAUAAUGGCAUACAUUCCGAUGGAAUACAUUGUCGACAUGUAAAUAAAGUUAGAUGUGAA